CGAAAACAUAAUGCUUUUGGAUAGAAAUGUCCCUAAACCUCGGAUCAAGAUCAUUGAUUUUGGGUUGGCCCAUAAAAUUGACUUUGGAAAUGAAUUCAAAAACAUAUUUGGGACACCAGAGUUUGUUGCUCCUGAGAUAGUCAACUAUGAACCUCUUGGUCUUGAGGCAGAUAUGUGGAGUAUUGGGGUAAUAACCUAUAUUCUCCUAAGUGGGGCCUCCCCAUUUCUCGGAGACACUAAGCAAGAAACGUUAGCAAACGUAUCGGCCGUCAACUAUGAAUUUGAGGAAGAAUACUUCAGUAAUACCAGUGCCCUAGCCAAAGAUUUCAUAAGAAGACUCCUUGUCAAGGAUCCAAAGAAGAGAAUGACAAUUCAAGAUAGUUUGCAGCAUCCCUGGAUCAAGCCUAAAGAUACCCAGCAAGCACUUAGUAGAAAGGCGUCGGCAGUCAACAUGGAGAAGUUCAAGAAGUUCGCAGCCCGGAAAAAGUGGAAACAAUCUGUUCGCUUGAUAUCACUGUGCCAAAGAUUAUCCAGGUCGUUCUUGUCCAGAAGUAACAUGAGUGUUGCCAGAAGCGAUGAUACUCUGGAUGAGGAAGACUCCUUUGUGAUGAAAGCCAUCAUCCACGCUAUCAAUGAUGACAACGUCCCGGGCCUGCAGCACCUCCUGGGCUCAUUGUCCAACUACGAUGUUAACCAGCCCAACAAGCAUGGGACGCCUCCGUUACUGAUCGCUGCUGGCUGUGGAAAUAUUCAAAUACUACAGUUGCUCAUUAAAAGAGGCUCAAGAAUCGAAGUCCAGGAUAAGUCUGGAGAGACAGCGCUUCACGUGGCCGCUCGCUAUGGCCACGCCGAUGUGGUUCAGUUAUUGUGCAGCUUUGGCUCUAAUCCCAAUUUCCAGGACAAGGAAGAAGAAACCCCCCUGCACUGUGCCGCCUGGCAUGGCUACUACUCUGUGGCCAAAGCCCUUUGCGAAGCCGGCUGCAAUGUGAACAUUAAGAACCGAGAAGGAGAGACGCCUCUCCUGACAGCCUCUGCCCGGGGCUACCACGACAUCGUGGAGUGUCUGUCGGAACACGGAGCCGACCUUAAUGCCUCCGACAAGGAUGGACACAUCGCUCUUCAUCUUGCCGUGAGACGGUGUCAGAUGGAGGUCAUCCAGACUCUCAUCAGCCAGGGAUGUUCUGUUGACUUCCAAGACAGGCACGGCAACACCCCCCUCCACGUGGCCUGCAAAGAUGGCAAUGUGCCUAUUGUGGUGGCCCUCUGUGAAGCCAGCUGCAACUUGGAUGUCUCCAACAAGUACGGCCGAACUCCUCUGCACCUUGCGGCCAACAACGGGAUUCUGGACGUGGUCCGCUACCUCUGUCUGGCGGGCGCCAACGUGGAGGCCCUGACCUCGGGGGAACAGUUGCCCACGCAGAGCCAGGGCGAGGGCUCGCUCUGCCGCCUCCCCUGCGCAUUUUGUGGCCCGCGCUGCCACGAAGGCCUGCCGUGGCCCACGUUCCACAACAGCGCCUUGGG